GCCGCUAACGCCCUGCCAGCCGUACCUUAAUUAUGCAGACCUGCAAGCUUUCGCAUUUUGCCUUUUUUUUUCCCCUCUUCACAAAAAAUCGCGCGCGCCCUUUUUUACGCCCGUACAUUAUCUGCCACCACGAAGCCAGUCAGCCUUCCUUCUCCCGUCCGCGCGCCCUACGCCGCAGCCGCUGCCCGCCUGCGUUUUAAACUUGCACGGCACCAGACGGAGCGUCUCAGGAUUAUGCGCGUGCACGGUGGCCUGGGGCCUGAAGGCCGCCCUACCCUUUUUGUUUUUUCUUUUGCCCUGACGCGCUCCGUGCGCCUGGCUCGAAGAGGAGGAGGAGAGACGACGGGCGUCGGGCCCGGCUCUCCCCCCGCCACGUGCGGUCCGUAUCCAGCGCCGGCGCGUCGGGCGAGGCGAGUGCACAGUGGGGGCCCAAGGCUUGUUUUUUUAUUCGCACUGAUGAACCGCCGCCGCUCAUGUGAAUGGGUUGAGAUCGACGGGCUCCUCCGUGGGCGCCCCGAGCAGAGUCAGAGUUUGCGCCAAAGCCUAAUCAAUAAUCAAAUAUGAGGUACCUAGAAUCGCGUUGCUGACAAGUCGCCGACGACGACGACGACGACGACGACGACGACGAUU